CGCUUCCCUAAGCGUGAUGGGGCCGGCUCCGGCGCCGAGUGGCCGCGCGACGACCUCCCGUGGCAGCUCUAGAGGUGGAGGAAAUACCAGACUCGCGGGGUGGAAAGAAAUACCAGCCCGGCAGCGGGACCUAUGAGUAGCUCGGCGGCGGAACACGACUGCUGCGGAGGCCUCAGCAAUAUCGAUUUUAGAAAGGCAAAUCUCUGCGUUAUGACAGGGCUGCUGGCCUACGUGGACCCCACAGAUCUCAGCUUUGUGGCAGCUGUGCUCACGAUUGUGUUUAGUCCGCUCUUCUGGAAUGUGGUAGCAAGAUGGGAGCAGAGAACUCGCAAGCUGAGCAGGGCCUUUGGGUCCCCCUACCUAGCCUGCUAUGCCCUGGGCAGCAUCAUCUUGCUUCUGAAUGUCCUCCGCUCCCACUGCUUCACACAGGCCAUGAUGAGCCAACCCAAGAUGGAAGUCCUGGAUAACCGCACCAUCUACUUUUUGGGCCUUGCACUCCUGGGUGGGGGUGUCGUGUUUGUGCUAUCCAGCUUCUUUGCACUGGGGUUCACUGGGACCUUCCUAGGUGACUACUUUGGAAUCCUCAAGGAGGCCAGAGUGACUACAUUCCCCUUCAGUGUGGUGGACAAUCCCAUGUACUGGGGGAGCACAGCCAAUUACCUGGGCUGGGCACUCAUGCACUCCAGUCCCACAGGCCUGCUGCUGACGGUGCUGGUGGCUCUUGUCUACAUGGUGGCUGUCCUGUAUGAGGAGCCCUUCACUGCUGAGAUCUACCGACAGAAAGCCACCAGGUCACACCGGAAGAGCUGACAGGGCCUCGAGGGCUUUGUGGAAGGCUGGGCUGGCUUCCUGGCUACCCCAAACACCAAUCUUGCUUGGGGAGAGUGGCGCCGGCUACUGUACCCAGUGCCUUGGAAACCAAUCUUCAUGGCCCCAGACAUGCUGCCACGUGGCCAUUUGAGCUCCCCAUCCCUACCAUGCCCCCCGCCCCACUAAUAAAGGCACUCUGACCUCA